AUUCUAAGAGAAAAUGCUGCGAAAAGAUAAACAUUUCGCAUAUAUUCUGCUUUUGGAAUAUUUUACGAUAUGUGCAGCAUUGAAAAAUGAAGAUAGCGAGUUGGACAAUAUCAUCCAAAGUAAAAACAUUCACAUAGUCGAUCUACAAGGGAAUCUGGGAUCUGUGGAAAUAAACGCGACAUAUAAGGACAUAAGAACAAUAAAUAUUGCAGGCAAAUCGAAUGAAAGUCUUUUAUCGGAUUUCAUCGGAACGAAUCUGAUGCAGUCUCCGGUAGCUCAAAAAGAAGAUCUUACAGCCAUCAUAGGACAGUUACAGGCUCAAAUAAAUAAUUUGAAUGCCUCCGUGCUCUACUUAAAGAAUUUGAUCUCAAUGAAAUUUGAAGAAAAGAAAGCAACUAGUUGUUCUCUCCACAAUAUAUUCGAUAGUGAUCAAUUGAUAAAUGUGCCUGGAAUCGCACCUUUUGUCGCUCUUUGUCAUGCUCGCGGAGCGGAAGCAGGCUGGAUUGUUAUACAGCGCCGCUUCGAUGGAAGUCUAAGCUUCUACAGAGACUGGACCGCAUAUCGCAAUGGCUUUGGGUUCUAUAAUGGCGAGUUCUUUCUAGGCCUAGAAUGCAUUUACCGCCUGACUAAAUCCCGGCCAUAUGAACUGUAUAUAGAGCUCGUUGACUUCAACAACCAAAUGUACUACGCACGAUACGAUUCCUUUCUUAUUGGCAGCGAGGAGGAGCAAUAUAUGCUGAAGUCCCUGGGGGCAUACAGUGGCAAUGCUGGCGAUUCAUUAAAAUAUAAUCUUUAUGAUAAAUUCUCAACCUACGACAAUGACAAUGAUAGAUGGCCGAGAGGCAACUGUGCCAACUAUUACGAAAGUGGCUGGUGGUACAAUUGGGAUGCAAAUAGUAAUCUCAACGGAAGAUAUUUUAAAAGCGGCGAGAAAAAUGUAAAGGGCAUUUGGUGGUACACAUUGCGGGGCUACUACUCGUUGAAAUCUGUGAAAAUGUUAAUCAGACCAAAGUAUACACUAGUGUGACUAA